GUGAACAAAUAUGCUUGUAUUUUAAGGUCGUGCCUUUAUUUGUCAUCAUAAAGGUUUCCUGAAACACCAAAAAUCUUAAUGAUAGCUUCAUUUCGGUGACUGUGUCUGAAAACCUGUAUUUUUCAAUGGGAGAUGAUUGCCAGAUUUUUUUGGGGUGGAAUAAGGAUGCCUUGGUUUUUUAUUGGUAGUUGAGCGUGAGUCUUUCCAUUCUAUCGGGAAUACUGUCUGCAUUGGUAUAUGGAAAUGUCUGAAAAACCGCAAGAUCAGGUUUAGGACAGUAUUGUCUACAGACAAAGGGUGAAGGAUAUAUUCUAGAGACUGCAAGGAAAGGAAUUGAGACUAAGAAACACAAGUAUAUGAUAAAUUGAUUUACAGGUCGAGGUGGAUGUAACGAUGAGCACGUGAAGAAAAAUACGACACAUAUCUGCAUAAAAUACGGUCAAGGAAUACAGAGGCGGUGGGAAACUCCAAUCACGUGAUACAAGAACACCCAUGCCAUUGGAUAGGGCCUUGGUUUGAAUCUUCACAAUGCAGAAAGCUACAUACUACGAUAAUUCUGGACUUUUUGGAAGCUACUCUUACCCCAAAUCCGACUCAUAUAUGUAUGGCCCAUCUCACCAGCCCUACCCCACUUCUAACCUUGAGAGUGAUUAUCAGGGUCCAGUUUGUCCAAUACAAACCACAACUGUACGGCCACCAACUCAUAAAGACAAUGACAUGAAUGGCUGCAUGCGACCAAGUAGCAGCCAAGGAAACACCCAACAGUCGAGUAUUGGUGAACAGCCGCAGGCACCUCCAUUGUCGGCAUCUUCCCCUAACUCCAGCAACACUUCAUCUCAGAAGAAGAAAUCUCCCCCAAACAAUGCUUCAAAUACUGCCACCCCAGUCAUUAACAAGCAAAUUUUCCCAUGGAUGAAGGAGACGCGAUCGAACGCCAAACAGAAAAGCAACAGCAGCAACAAUUGUACAACUGCAGAAGGUGAGUCCUGCGAUGAAAAAAGUCCACCUGGUCCAGCCUCCAAACGGGUCCGAACUGCCUACACCAGUGCACAACUUGUAGAACUUGAGAAGGAGUUCCAUUUCAACCGGUACCUGUGUCGUCCCCGAAGAGUGGAGAUGGCUAAUUUAUUGAAUCUCACUGAGCGCCAAAUAAAGAUCUGGUUUCAAAACAGAAGGAUGAAAUACAAAAAGGAUCAGAAGGCUAAGGGGAUAAUGCACUCUCCCAUCGGACACUCCCCGGACAGAAGCCCACCAUUAAGUGGCCCAAAUCACAUUGGAUAUUCUGUAAAUGUAAACAGCCUCAGCUAUGAUGCGCCCUCGCCCCCGUCAUUCGCCAAACCCCAGCAAAACAUGUACGGCUUGGCUGCGUACACGGCACCAUUAGGUGGUUGCAUACCGCAACAAAAAAGGUAUCCGGGGUCCGAAUACGAACACCACAGCAUGCAAGGCAAUGGUGGCUUUGCCAACGCUAAUUUGCAAGGCAGUCCGGUGUACGUUGGGGGAAAUUUCGUUGAUUCCAUGCCAGCCUCGGGCCCCAUGUUCAACCUCGGCCAUCUCCCUCAUCCCUCAUCUGCCAGCGUGGACUACAGCUGUGCCGCUCAGAUUCCAGGCAACCACCACCAUGGACCCUGUGACCCCCAUCCCACAUACACAGACCUCACCUCUCACCAUGCGUCUCAGGGAAGGAUUCAGGAAGCGCCUAAACUAACGCAUUUGUAAUUUGUGAGGAAUCCAUCUGUGUGCCCAAAUUAUGUUACGCUCUUUUAUUACCUCACUAGUCUAAAGUAAUUUAUAUGAUUACACUACAAGUGAGUCAUGUGUAUUACCCAGUAUUAUUAUUGAUAUUACUAUUAAUGCUAUUGUGUAAUUAUUUUCUAAGAAUAGCUGUGGUACAUUUUUCUUGACUGUUGAGGAUGCGUAGAGGAAGACCGUUUGUUUGUCAGUUGUUCGUUUUCUGAAGUGCAAUGCGCAGUAUGGGGACUGAAAAUGUCAUAACAUUACUUGAAGGUAAGUCCUGUAGAUCUGACAGUAGUCACCCAUCUUUAUAGGGAUGGAUUUUAUAGAAAAAAAACUCUAAGGUGUCUGUUUGUUAAUUUCAAAUUUUCUAAAUUUGAAGCGUCUUAUUUAUUUUUCCAAGAUUGUAUUGCAUUUAUCUCCUUUCCUAUAUGUAUUAUUUAACGAUUUUUUGUAUCACACAUUAUUUAUCAUUUACAUAUAUGCCUAUUUAUAUGGACAUCUAGAAUUUAUGCAACAUAGUUCGACAGACUUUGACAUCAUAGCCCUUCAAUAGGUACACAGGUUUUUGGUGAAUGCUAGUUUUAAGACAUGGUUUCAAUGGCUGGUGGUUUUAUGUUGUUGUAGUAGAAACCCCCUAAGUGUAAAUCUUGGAGUAUUGGGGCAUUUUUCAUGAUUUAUCUUGUGUCAAUGCCUCUAUGAAAAACAAAGUUAUAUGUAGCCUUUUGAAAUACCGAAUAUUAUAAAAAUGUAACACACCAGCAUGUCAUUUGUCGUCAUUGCCAAUUUUCAUAUCACGUCAUUGUUAUUUCAUCAGUUGGACUGUCCAUGCAUACAUUUAUGAAACGCUAAUGAUAUGAAAAUGUUAUAUUUUAUUGUGUUUAACAUUUUGUAAAUAAAGUGCUUAAAUUUA